AGAGCAGAGCGGAGCGGGCACGUGGGUCCCAGCGCUCCGCAGGGCACAGCAGCCGCAGGCAGGCGGGCAAAGGGAGUCGGGCUGCCAGUGCCGCGGGAUCGAGGUCCGGGCAGGGCUCCUCCGCCAGGACCGCCCGCGCAGCCUACAGCCCCCAGCGUGGAUGAGCUGCCCGCGGCUCCCUCCCAGUGCACGGAGCGCGCGUUGAAGUGAGCGAGGCACCCCGCAGACGGGCGGGGGAAUGGGCAGCUCCGCUGGAGCCUGGGCUCGCUGAGGGUUUGGGCUCGCCACGGGCUGUUCGCAGAGCAGGGGGUGCUGUGGCCCCACUGCACAGCCCCUCCCGAGAGCUGCUGCUUCAUGCGACCCGCGCUGCCCUUGCCGGGCAGGGAGCCCCCGAGGACGGCGCCGGGUCCCUAGUGCUGGGCGCGGAGCGGAGCACCAGCCUGCGUCCUGCCCGGGCCUGGGCAGCGGGGGAUUUACAGCCCGGAGCCGCGUGCGGACCUGUCGUGGGCGAGCGAGCGACUAGCUUGGAGGAUGAGCCCGGGGAGAAGCCCCGGGAGCUAAGUCCGGCUUCCUGAGCCCAGCCAUGGGAGCGAGCUCCGCGCCGCUCGCCCGGCGCUGAGUGUCCGCCUGAGGAAGCGCCUGCCCCUGCUCCGAUCGCGGGGCGGGGAAGGGAAAAGUGGGGAGCCCCCCUCAGAUCUGCAGCUGUUAGUGCGUGUGCAGGACUCUCCCCUCCCCCUCGCUGCCGCCGGCCGGACCCUGUGCCCGGCUCCCCGUCUAUAAAGAGGGGUUUAUUCUUGGGCUCCAGUCUCACGCCAAACCCUGUCCCAGCGUCUAGACAAGCUGUCGUGGCUCUAAGUCCAGCUGUCACCAUGGGGAUGGAGCCGGGGCCGCUGUGAAUCUCGUGGAGCCAGACAGAGCGGAGGGAGGGAGCGAGCCGCGGAGAGGGAGAGGCGCCGUGGCCCUUCGGGAGGCUGCUCGGAGGGGCGCAGGGCUGCUCGCCCGGCUGCGGCAGCGGGGAGCCGCCGAUGCUGAGUUCCGGCAGCCCCGGGGGAGCUAUUUAAAGCCACGGGCCUCGCUGGACUUUGUCUCGGCCUAUUUAUGACUCCCCUGGACUUGGCAAGGGGCAGCGCGGGGCAGUAGCGAGCGCUCGGAAAGCAUCCCGGGGCGAGUCCCGGCCGCCGCCCGGGGCCUGUCUGCGCCGGCGGGAGCAUGAAGGGGCCGCAGAGUCUCCUGCUCUGGGCCGGCUGGCUGCUGCUGCAGCGCGGCUCCGGCCAGCCCUACCUCCGCCUCCGGCCCUCCCCGAGCGACAACCUGCCCGUCAAGGACAUCCUGGAGCACCCGGACCCCGAGUACGACCCCAAGGAGCAGGACCUGGACGAGCGGACACUGAGGAAGAAGCUGGGCAGCAGCUUCGACCCCGCGUUCAUGUCGGUGGCCGCCCCGGCGCCGGGGAACCUCUCCAGCCCCGCGCCCCCGCCCAGGCUCCGGGGCUCGGCGCCGCUGCCCGGCGAGCUGAAGAAGCUGGAGCUGGGCGAGGGCCCCUCGGGGCCCCGCCUGAAGCUAGGCAAGAAGGCCCGGAGGAAGUUCCUGCAGUGGCUGUGGGCCUACACCCACUGCCCCGUGCGCUACACCUGGAAGGACCUGGGCGUCCGCUUCUGGCCGCGCUACAUCAAGGAGGGCAGCUGCUUCGCCGAAAAGUCCUGCUCCUUCCCCGAGGGCAUGUUCUGCAAGCCGGCCAAGUCCGUGCCCAAGACCUUUCUGCGCUGGUACUGCCAAGGCUGGUCCAGGCAGAAGUACUGCACCUGGAUCCCGGUCCAGUACCCGCUGAUCUCGGAGUGCAAGUGCUCCUGCUAAGCCGCGCUGGGGAGCCGCCUCCGCCGCGCUGGGCGUGCCCCCUGCUCGGCGUGCCAGGCUCCUGGACGGACUCACCGGGAUCCCAACUGGAGCGAGGGGGCGGUCUCCAUUGCCCAACCCCGUUGCAUCGGGAUCUCAGAGGAUCGGUGCAUCAGGAGGCAUCAUCCAGUCCAGUACCUAGCUGUCUCUCGCAGUGCAACUCGCCCCCCUUCCCCUCCCUCCCAUCGAGACCCUGAGAUUGAAAGGACACACACAGAGGUGGGCACACGCUCACAUGAGGAUCUGUUUGUGCAUUUCUUUCCCCUUAUUACAUCCCUUGCACUGUUUAUGGCUUAUUGUAUUUUAAAUGGGAAAAGCAAAAUUGAAAGGAACUGCAGUGCAGGCCAGAUGCAAAGCUAAGCACUACAAUCAGAUGUUUAUUUUUAUACAUAUAUAGCGUUCUAACAAAACAAAACAGAGAGAGAGAGAGAGAGGGA